CACGGUUUGCUUACAUCUGCCAGCAGCUGGAUUUCCAAUCUUCCCAACAACAGCCUGGGCUUCAUUCUGGCAGAUGCCGGUUGUGAUGUUUGGAUGGGGAACAGCAGAGGGACCACCUGGUCCAGAAAACACUUGUACCUAAAGACAAAUUCCAAAGAAUUCUGGGCUUUCAGUUUUGACGAAAUGGCUAAAUAUGACCUUCCAGCCUCCAUUGAUUUCAUUGUGAAGCAAACUGGACAAAAGGAAAUAUUUUAUGUAGGCCACUCACAGGGUACAACUAUUGGUUUCAUAGCAUUUUCCACAAUACCAAAGAUAGCUGAAAGAAUCAAAAUAUUUUUUGCCCUAGCACCAGUUUUUUCCAUUAAAUAUGUAAAAAGCCCUUUAAUUAAAAUGGCGUACAAGUGGAAGUCAGUGAUUAAGGUAUUUUGGGGCAACAAAGACUUCUUACCUCAUACCUCAUUUAAAAGAAUUAUGGGCUCAAAGCUAUGUCCACUAAAAAUUUUUGGUAAGAUUUGCCAUGAUAUCUUGUUCAUGAUGUAUGGAUAUGACCUGAAGAACUUAAAUAUGAGUCGUAUGGAUAUUUAUAUGUCACAAAACCCAGCGGGAACCUCUGUUCAAAAUAUACUCCACUGGACUCAGCUUUUCAAUUCUAGUUACUUGAAAGCUUUUGACUGGGGCAGUCCUGCUCUGAACUUGGUUCAUUUUAAUCAGAGUCAGAUGAUUUCUUACUGGGAAUACCCAAGUGAAGAAUAUGACGGCAUGACUGAAGGUGGUUAUAUUCUUGAGAUCUACAGAAUUCCUUAUGGGAAGAAAAAUUCAGAGAAAAGAGCUCCAAGGCCUGUUGUUUAUUUGCAACAUGGCUUAAUUGCAUCUGCAACUAACUGGAUUUGCAACCUGCCCAACAACAGCUUGGCUUUCCUUCUGGCAGACAGAGGUUAUGAUGUGUGGAUGGGGAACAGCCGGGGCAAUACCUGGUCCAGAAAACACUUGAAAUUUUCACCCACAUCACCAGAAUUCUGGGCCUUCAGUUUGGAUGAGAUGGCUAAAUAUGACCUUCCAGCCACAAUCAAUUUUAUUGUAGAAGAAACUGGACAGGAACGACUCUACUAUGUGGGCCACUCCCAGGGCACCACCAUCGCUUUCAUAGCAUUCUCUACAAAUCCAGAGCUGGCUAAAAGGAUUAAAAUAUUUUUUGCAUUGGCUCCAGUCACUACAGUGCAAUACACCCAAAGUCCUAUGAGAAAAUUAACAACUCUUUCCAGAGAAGCAGUCAAGGUACUAUUUGGUGACAAGAUGUUCUCCCCUCAUACAUUUUUUGAACAAUUCAUUGCCACCAAGGUGUGUAACCGGAAGCUAUUUCAUCGUAUUUGCAGCAACUUCCUAUUUUCUUUUUCUGGAUUUGAUCCCAAAAACUUAAACAUGAGUCGCUUGGAUGUUUAUUUGGCACAGAGUCCAGCAGGGACAUCUGUUCAGAAUAUGCUACACUGGUCCCAGGCUGUUAAUUCUGGUCUGUUCCAAGCAUUUGAUUGGGGAAACCCUUAUCAGAACAUGCAGCACUUCCACCAGCUUACACCUCCCUUAUACAACGUUUCUGAGAUGGACGUUCCAACAGCAGUGUGGAGUGGUGGACAGGACCGCGUGGCUAAUUCCAAAGACACUGAAAAUUUACUUCCUAAAAUCACCAGACUCAUUUAUUACAAAUUUAUUCCUCACUACAAUCAUGUGGAUUUUUACCUUGGACAGGAUGCGCCCCAGGAAAUUUACCAAGACCUGAUCAGAAUGAUGGAGGAAUGUUUCUGAAGUUAAGUACACUUACCUUUUUAUAAGCAAGCAAGUUUCCAUGGUAACAAUAUGGCAUACAGACCCGAAGGUGACCCCUCCAAUGACUUGCCUCCUCACGUGGAUGCAUUUGUGUAGUUCGCACUCUAUGAGUAAGGGAGGGACCUGACACUUGCUUCUAGAAUUGGCGAAGGUGAUGGGCUGUCACACCCUUGGUUAGAUUAUGUUCCUGGCAAAGGUGCUGGGCUGUCGCUCCCUGGUUACUUUGUAUUGUAUAAGAAACCAUGUUAGCAGACUGGAACAGGAGAUUCUCCUUGCUGGCUUGAUGAAGUAAGCAGCUAUGUUGAGAAAACCCUCAUAGAAAGGAACCAUGUGUGGCUUCUAGGAUCUGCUGGUGGCCUCCAGCCGACAAACUGCAGAGUCAGGACUCUGUCAUACAGCUAUAAGGAAAUGUAUUCUGCCUAAAACUUGAAUGAGCUGGGAAGCGUAUUCUUUCCCAGGAAAGCCUUCAGCUGAGAACGCAGCCCCACCAACACUUGGACUGCAGCCUGCUGAGACCUGGAGCAAAGGACCCAGCUAUGC